AGUCCGAAACCAUGUUCGUUUCUUUUCGUUUCCGUGCCUGAAGCCCGACGCUUUGCCCCCGCCAUGUUCUCGACGUAGAAGACUAGAUUUAUUUUAUUUUCCUUGCAAUUUAUUCCCUGAUAUCAUCUCGUCCCCGUCAUUGCUGCUAAUUGCAGCUUUCUCCGACGUUGAGACAAGCAAGCAAGCGAGGUGUAAAUAUAGUUUUUCAAUCUUGGAAUAGCGAUGGAUUGCGAUUUGAAGCAGUUGACCUACUGGAUCUCGGGAAGAGCUCCAUUGUGGUCUAUUUUCAACAUUUUAGGUGUCUCUCUUAAUUCUGAAAUCUUGGCAUCGGAUAUCCCUGUGGUAGCUUCGAUUGCAGAGCUCAAAAGCCAUCGAACAGAAAUAGCUGGUCUUCAGAUCCACGCUUUCCGUUCUCCGUUUGUUUUACUUUACGUACAGAGUGUAAAUCCCGGGUUCUCAACACGUCUUUGGCAUGAUGAAUAGAAAACCCUAAUAACUGAAGAUAAAGAAGGUUUCCUUGUUUACCAAGGCAUUUUGUACCUUUUUCCCUCAAUGAAAUCGGCCAUUUCUACUUUCAUAUAAUGGUGUUCCGCUGUGGUAUGUUGGGAUUUCAGAUUGUGGACAGCGGCGGAUCCAAUUUGGUCGAGCAAUCCUCACCAUUUUACUGGUUAAUGCCAUACGCAUGUGCUACUGCUAUUAUUUGUUGUAGUUUCAAGAAUUUGGAUAUUUAAUUCAUGCUUAAGAAGGUGCAGGUCAUGACGUCUGAUCUCAAAUUGGAUGCAAUUUGCCAGGAGUACAAGGGAUCUGAAUUUGGAUCUGUAAAUGAAAAAGUUACUAUUGGGAAGAGAGAAAAUAUAGUGUACAAGAUCCUUGAUGGUUUUCUUAAGCAAGGAAACAAGUCGUUUAUCAAUGUUGCAACAAAUGUCGUACGAAGAGCUACUAAGAGAGGAAAUCUAUCGGCAGUUGGUGCUGAUCUCAUUCUUCGGGUUGAUGGGGAUGAUACACGGGAACAUGACUCUGAAAGAAAAUCUGGACCGCUUCUGUCUGGAAUAGCUUACUGUCUUUGCUCGUGCAGCAUGAUAUUGCUUAACAAAGUUGUACUAUCAAGUUAUGGCUUCAGUGCAGGAAUAUCAUUGAUGUUCUACCAGAAUUUUGUCAGUGUCGUGGUGGUCGUUGCAUUGAGUAUCUUUGGAGCAGUCUCUACAGAAAAGCUCACGUGGAAGCUUGUUAGAGUUUGGAUCCCUGUCAACAUAAUAUUUGUGGGUAUGCUUGUGACUGGCAUGUAUAGUUUGAAAUACAUAAACGUUGCCAUGGUGACAAUCCUGAAGAACGUGACAAAUAUUUUAACAGCAGCUGGAGAAUUAUAUAUUUUCCAGAAGCGUCAGAAUCAGAAAGUGUGGACUGCAAUGUUCUUGAUGAUCAUCUCUGCUGUUAGUGGUGGAAUCACUGAUAUUUCUUUUGAUGCAGUGGGUUAUGCCUGGCAAAUUAUGAAUUGCAUUUUUACAGCAAGCUACUCUCUGACACUGCGGCAUGUAAUGGAUACAGCAAAGCAAUCAACAAGAUCUGGGUCUCUUAAUGAAGUUACAAUGGUGUUGCUAAACAAUGCAUUGUCUUUACCCUUUGCCAUCUUCUUGAUUCUGAUACUCAAUGAAUGGGAAUAUGUAUAUAAAGUGGAUGUAAUUAGGAUACCAAUGUUUUGGUUUGUGGCAACAGCCAGUGGAUUGCUUGGACUUGCCAUUAGCUUCACCUCUUUGUGGUUCUUAAAUCAAACAGGCCCCACCACAUAUAGUCUAGUUGGUUCCUUGAACAAGAUACCCAUAUCUCUAGCAGGAAUAGUGUUGUUCAAUGUUCCAGUCAGUCUUCCAAAUCUCUUCAGUAUACUUUUUGGCUUGUUUGCUGGAGUAUUCUUUGCGAAGGCUAAAAUGUCCUAAUGCCAGUAGCUUGUUGACUAGGUUUGGAAGAGUUGGCAUUGGUCGAGUCUUGCAAACAAGCGGCAAGAAAAACCAUAUCUCGACUUACAAAUGGGAGUCACUAAUUAUUAGAAAUGGGCAAUAAAUUGGUGCUUGCGACUUUGCAAGCAAGCUGCAAGAAAGAUGUCAGCAGCUACCUGGUGUUUGUGGAUAGGCCAACAAGAGAAGCCUUUCCCUGCACUUCUACUUCAGAUAUUAGUUACUUCCAGCACAAGAGAAGAAAUGGGAGGGAAAAUCAUUCUAGGCAAGAAAAGCUUUGUAAUGUACCGAGGCCAGCUGACACAGAAAGACUAGAAAUCACCAUCAAAGGAGUCACGAGUAUGAAAUUUGUUGUGACAUUCUUCUAACAUUAUUAACAAACUUUGGUGCCACUUAUUAUU